CCGGCCAGCGGGCGGGCAGGCUGCUGGGGCGGGGAGGUGGGACCGGGAGAGGGGUGGCCGCGGGGCCCGGCCGGGCUGGGGCGGGGGGCCGCAGCCAUGAUCCGGGCCUUCUCGUUCCCGGUGAGCCCUGAGCGGGGCCGGCUGCGGGGCUGGCUGGAGGGUAGCCUGGCCGGGCUCUGCGAGUUACACUGGCUCCGGGAGAGGCAGGAGUACCGCGUGCAGCAGGCGCUGCGGCUGGCCCAGCCCGGAAUGGGGGGCGCCGAGGCCGAGGACGAGGAGGACGCUGAUGAGGAUGAAGAUGCGGCGGCGGCGCGCCGGGCCGCAGCAGCCCUGGAGGAGCAGCUGGAGGCCCUGCCUGGGCUCGUCUGGGACCUGGGCCAGCAGCUGGGAGACCUGAGCCUGGAGUCUGGGGGCCUGGAACAGGAGAGCGGGCGCAGCUCGGGCUUCUAUGAAGAUCCCAGCUCCACGGGAGGUCCAGAUUCACCACCCUCAACCUUCUGUGGGGACAGUGGCUUCUCUGGAUCCAGCUCCUAUGGUCGCCUAGGUCCCUCUGAGCCCCGGGGUAUCUAUGCCAGCGAGAGGCCCAAGUCCCUAGGUAAGGUGGGUGAGGGUGGGACCCUGGGACCAGGGAAAGGACUGUAAGAGUACGGUUGUGGGCACAGACUUCCAAAUCGGGCCUGGAUUCCAAGUCCUGGUGCAACAUUUCCUUUUCAUGUGAUUAUGAGCAGGUCUCUUAUUUCUGGGCCUCUGUGUUUCCAUCUGUUAAAAUGAAAUAUG